AUGUUUUUUCUGUUGUUGUUUUUCUCAUUAUUUUUAGAUGCACGCAAUUGCGUCAUGCGAGACUGGAAUUUUAAAAUUAAAGGGGAAAAGGAAUGUGAUAUGUUUAAAUACCUCGUCGGUUUUGAACGGGAUGGAAAUGACUACCUGCCAGGACUAAAGAAAGCCAAGUGCUGUGAAAGAGAUAAAACGUUCUGGGGAGUCCCAACCCAGUGCCAGAUGUUUGACUGGAUCAGAUCAAUGGACAGGUAACAUUUUAGGAAAAAAUUUCGAUCUAUAAUUGAUCCAGUCGACCUUAUAAACUCACCAAAGAAGAUUAGCAACAUGCAUUCAAAACGUCGCGAUUGACAACGAAAAUGACUUUAACAGGAGACCAACGAUAUACAGAUGAAAUCUACUGCUCCCCCACCCCUCUCCUGACCCAACAACAGUGAACUCACACAACUUAUUAGAAUCAGUGUCGGGUUACGGCAGGGGUGGGUGUGCAGCUACUCAGAUACUGACAUUGAUCCCAAUUGAUUUCAAGUUAUGCUCAGGAAAGAAAUCUUUCACAUUGAUGCAGUGGUGCGGUGUGCUUAAUCCAAAUAAGAUUCCUCAUUUUGGAGCUCAACUUUCGCUUAAUUGGGCUUCUUAAUUAAUGGUACCAACAACUAUCCAGCUCCAGACACAAACCCUUCUUUAACGGUAAUGAGUCAAAAAGAAUCAGUGUGAAUUGCUCAAGGGAUCGAAGACACUUUUUCACAGCAGCCCUUCAUUUCGCUGAAUAAUAAAGUGAUGUUCUGGAAAGUGCCUAUUUCUCACGUCAUUCUUGUUGUCGCUAAUCAAACGCGCGAUUGUGAUCACGUUUUAAAAUGCUCUUAGAACUGGAAUAAGCAACUGUCCACCUGGCUUCUACCUCCGAGGUGUGUCCCGCGGAGACAUGUACGGCAACGAUGUCGGUAGCAUUGACUGGGGCAAAUGCUGCAAACCUUCUCAUCAUCCUUAUGAACAUCACGAGUGCUAUCAAGAGGACGUCAGCGAUACGUUUAACAGAGCCGGUCUUAGUGAGUGCAAGAGGGAUGGCUUUUUUAUCGCUGGAUUUGAAAAUCAAGAUUCUGGAGGAAAGCUAUCCAGCAUCAAAAAGUUCAAAUGCUGCCGCAUGGUGGAAAGUAAGUUUUACGAAUUGCUAUGAAGCAUAUUACAAUAAAUGUUUCUAGCAGCGCUGUAAUUUCCACAGUUACAUCUUAGCACUUCCAAAUGUAAGGUCAAUUUAGAAAGUAUUUAAAAGAUCAAUUAAAAAAGUAGGAAAAAUUAAUUUGAAGAAAAAAUUGUUUAUCGCUAACGAUUUCGUAUAUUGGUAAAAAUCUAUGUUCAUGAAUGACGAAGAAUUUUGUGCGAUUGAUCAUGAGUGAAUUUGAUUCGUAAGAGCAAUGAUGAGAUACAUUUAAAAAGCAAGCUAACCGCGAAAGCUAGAGUGAAAUUUUUUCGCUAUUUAAUAAAUUCGUCAUCGACCAAGCUUGUUCUAUCAAGAUGGCUGGACACUAAACUCGCUCUUUUUUUGCCUCUCGGUCCAUAAAACCUCAAAAAAAGAACGGCCAAUAUUUAGCCAUCUCAGCCUCGAGCUUGGUCCGAAACGCACGUUUAUCUUUCUGUUUAGGCAUUCCACAGCUAAAGAACAUGGAGGGACUUAAACAACGUGUAAUGGAUGCAACCAUGUUUAACAUCGGACAGUUGGCUAACAUGAUGGGAUUUGCUUGGGCUGGUGGGUGUUGGUCACGAUAUGCUGGAGAACACUUCCGGCGGAAUAAAGACACGUGGGAAUCAGCCUACAAAUCUUCUUGCCUGGGUGAGGGACCUAAGAAAGAUGUUCGAUUGAAGAUUACUUACGAAAAUUUCGAAUUUACGAUGAAAGAUGUAAAAUUUGGAAAGUCCGUUAAGCAAACACUUCCACUGGACCAGGAAGAGAGGUUGAUGAAUUCUCCUGAUAGAAGCUACAGCAGGGUAUCCUCGAAUAAAAAGUCAACACCAGGGUAUGACUCUGGGGUCGAAAUUCAGUUUCGAGUUGCAAGCAGCUUGAAAAAUGUUCAAAAAACCAGUUGGGAUUCCAAAUUUGGAUUGGAAGUGGGUAUGGAGUACGAGCCACCAAGCACAACAGGUGGGGUGGGAUUUUCUGCCAAAAGUAGUUUUAGCUAUGAAUGGGGAGGAGAUCAGGAAGAUACCACAGUCAACGAAGAUUGGCACAUUCUUUCCAUCAAAGAAGCUAAACAACUACCCCCAAAAACAUUUUCUGAAUGGCACGCCUUCAAAAAGCCUCAAAAAGUUACAAUUCCAUAUACGGCUACGAUCGUUCCCACAUUCUCUGUCAAACUGGAAGGUUACAUGAGAUGGGGAGGUGGUUAUUAUGGGAAUUUUCCAAAUUUCCACCAGGAGCACCGCGGAUCUGGAGAUAGGAAAAAACUGUCGUACACGUUUGGGAGUGCUGAUAAACCAUUUUAUGACGACCUUAAGGACCAGAUCGAGCAGAAUAUGUACCCUUGGCAAUGGCUUGCUUUAAAACAGCACUAUCCUUACAGUAAGUACUUUAUCGACCAACUCAUUAAUUCAGACCUGUAUGCGUUCACUAUGGAAGGCCAGUUUGAAGAAAUUACUGAGAACGAGAUUAAAUCGAAGUGGUAUCCAUCACGACCGAUCUCUGAGAUGAAUGAUGCACUUGCAAAUUUAACUGCAAUGCAAGACCAGGGAGAGAAGUUCCCAUUAUUUCCCCGCAUAUACCCUGAAGGACCCGCGGUAAAAAUCAUCGACAACAGCAAGGACAUAGAAGUUCCUUAUGCCAAAUUGUCCUAUGUCAACGAUGAAGAGGGACCAGAGCCUACAGUGUUUCCUCACAUAGAUCCGCCGGAAUCCAAGGUGAGGCUCGUAAACAACAAUAGGGAUUUGGAGCCUGCGCCCGCUAAGCACGGGAGGCAGGGGAAAGUGAAGAAGUUUGGUGACAAAAAAAAGGAAGAACCUAAGCCUACGAUAUUUCCUCCAAUAAAUCCUCCAGCACCCAAAGUAAAGCCCGUUGACAACAGCAAAGAAAUGAAGCCUCCACCAGUUAUACACUAG